CCUUAGCUCGCGGCGCUGGGAAUAUGGCGGUGAAGUUAUGCGACACUCUGGAUAAUAGUUUUCGUUCAUAUUUAUUACUUUUUCCAGGAGGAAAACUGUUGUACUUUACCAGUUGGUAAUAAAGAAAUAUUGUGCGAUGGAGUGCUUAGUAAUCUGCUGCCAUAAAAGCCAUGAUCCAAUACUCCUUCCAGAUGGAGAGACUGUGUUACUUGGCAGAGGCCCUCUGACCCAAAUAACAGACAAGAAAUGCUCCAGAAAUCAAGUUCAGCUCACAGCAAAUUAUUUAAAAAAGGAAGUGCUUGUGAAGCAGCUGGGAAACAAUUCAAGUUCUGUUGGAGGAGUGAAUCUGGGCAAAGGAGACUCAACAUUUCUUGGUCCUGGAGGAACUUUCUGUCUCCUUGGAGACAAGUAUUCUCACUUCAUCUAUUUCAGUAGACUACAACCUUCUGAAAGAGAAAGAGCCGAUGAUGAACCUAAAUCCAAGAAAGCUUGUUUUGAUACUUUAAGUGAUUCAGAUGAUAAUCUCACAUCUGAAGACCUUGAGGAUAUACGCCGUGAAUUUGGCCAACAGAUGGUGGAAAAGAUACAACUGCAAAAGAACAAAAAAGUUGACCGUUCAAAAGAGGAUCUAGCCUUUUGUAAUUUGAGGGAUUCAUGGAAGGAUAUUGGAGAGGAGCUAAUUGUUUUCACCAGUAGAGGGUCAGAAGCAAGUUCUAAGAUUGCUGGUUUUGAUUUGGAUGGAACACUUAUCACCACUCAGUCUGGGAGGGUGUUUCCCACCUCAGCCACAGAUUGGCAAAUUCUCUGUCCAGAAAUUGUUCCAAAACUGAAAGGUCUUUGGCACAAUGGAUACAAGAUUGUCAUUUUUACAAACCAGCUUGGCAUUUCCAGAAAGCAGUUAAAGGUAGCAGACUUUAAGUCUAAGAUUGAGCAGAUCAUUAGUUACCUCAAAGUACCUGUGCAGGUUUUAAUUGCUACAGGAAAUAGCAUCUACCGGAAGCCGCUCACUGGUAUGUGGAAGCACUUAGUCACACAGGCCAAUGAUGAUGUUACUGUAGAUGAAAAAGACAGCUUCUUUGUUGGUGAUGCAGCAGGGCGACCAGCUGACUGGGAACCAGGAAAGAAGAAGGAUUUCUCUUGCAAUGAUAGAUUGUUUGCAGAAAAUAUUGGAAUACAGUUCCACACUCCAGAAGAAUUCUUCCUGGGGCACAAGCUAUCACCAUUUGAGUGGCCAAAAUUUCUACCAAAAAAUCUAGAUGCUUAUGGAUCUUUAUUAAAUCCACCAAAUGCAAAGUUGAAGUCAGAAGGUCAAGAGCUAAUUGUUAUGGUCGGAUAUCCAGCAUCUGGGAAAACUACGUUUGUUAAAGAUUAUCUUCUACCACUGGGUUACGUCCAAAUAAACAGGGAUAUCCUAGGUACAUGGCAGAAGUGUGUUUCUGCUUGCAAGGAUGCAUUGUCAUCUGGUAAGAGAGUAGUUGUGGACAACACAAGUCCAACAAGGGAAACAAGAAAGAGGUAUGUUGACUGUGCAAAGCAGGCCAGGAUUAGUGCUCGGUGUUUCUUAUUUGACGUGAGCUUUGAACACGCUCAACAUAACAAUAAGAUCCGCGAAAUGACGAACAGGGACAGUUCAUACAAACACGUAGGACACUUGGCUUUUGUGAAAUACAAGUCUUCGUACGAAGAGCCACGUUGCGAAGAAGGCUUUGAAGAGAUUGUUAAAGUAAACUUUGUACCAAAGUUUAAAGACGACCGGGUGAAAGAAUUGUACAUGCAGUUUCAUAACUGAGAUUUAAAGUUAAAGUAACAAGGAAACUAAAUUGAUUAAAAAACUGAGAGCUUGGCUAGCUUGCACUCUCUCAAAACGUUGAUAAUUGUUAAGGAUCGCUCUAUUGAUUCCUAACAAGUUUCUGAAUUGUCGAAAUAAAAAAAAAUGUUUAUGACA